UCUGGAUGCUUGCCUGUCCUGCUUGGUGCAAGGGUUAUUUGGUGUAAGCACGAACUAUAGUUCGGACUUUUUGAGCUGUUUUAUCUGUCUGACGUGAAUUUCGGCGUUUAAUCCUGUGAAAACCCUCCAUUUUGGGUCAUUGUCUGACGGUGGAUAGCGAAUUUUGCCAGUAUGAGUGUAGGGGAUGACAGAAAAGAGCUAAUCCUAAAAGGAUUUAAGUUAAACUGGAUGAAUCUUCGAGAUGCCGACUCUGGUAAAGUAUUAUGGCAGGGGAGUGAAGACUUGUCAGUUCCAGGAUCUGAGCAUGAGGCGAGAGUACCAAAAAAGAUCUUAAAAUGCAAGGCGGUCUCUAGAGAGUUAAAUUUUUCCUCCGAACAAGAAAUGACAAAAUUCAGACUUGAACAAAAAGUCAUGUUCAAAGGGAAAUGUUUAGAAGAAUGGUAUUUUGAUUUUGGAUUUGUAAUCCCAGCAUCAACAAACACGUGGCAGUCACUCAUAGAAGCUGCUCCUGAAUCACAGAUGAUGCCCGCAAACGUUCUAAAUGGCAAUGUGGUGAUUGAAACAAAGUUCUUCGAUGGCGACCUGCUGGUAAGCACAUCAAGAGUGCGAGUUUAUUAUGUCUGACCAAGGCAACGAAAACCUUUUUCUACACCUCUGUCUUUGUAAAGUUUCAGGGAUGCUUUCCAUUUGCCAGAACUGGCUUUCCCAACCAUCCUGUUCGUUAAUGAAAAGGUUCCUUCUGACCUAGCUGGCACACCUCAUUGAGUACUGCUACACAGGGUCUGUACCAUGAGCAAACCAUUCAUGAAGUGCACCUGAUGGUUUGCAAAUAAAAACGACUGGCAUUGAAAACCUUUCUGGAGAGAACAACUAGUAUGACUGUGCUAAGGAGGAGUGCACUCUCAUUUUCUGUAACAUUACACAUGCAGGAACUGUCUCCAACAUUGUGGCCAGAGCUGGUGAAUGGAAAGCACCCUGGAUGUACAGUGCUGUAAUCUUUAGGACAGUUAUGUCGCCUCAAAUUUAUUUAAUGAUCACUUUUACCUGUGUGUUAAAAGUAGGAAUUGUGGUAUAAUGAGAUUUUGAUGUUUGUUUUUCAGUCUUCUAAAAUUGGAUGAUUGCUACAGUUUGUAGUUGAGUGAGGUGCCAACAGAAGUUUGGCAACCAUGUUGUGACAUUAAAAUCAUAUCAUUGUCAUGGGCAACUGGCUCCAUUUCCAUUGGCAAUGCAUCAUUUGUACUUUUUUGGCAGAGUUUCAAGUUUGAUGGUUAGCCACAUGUGGCCAUUGAGACUUGAUGACUAGUAGAAACAACAAAAGUUGCCUGUGACAACACCUUAGUUUUAAGAUGAAAAUCCACACUCAACUGAUAAUUGUAUCAUCUAUGUUAUUUAAUUUUCACUUCAUCAGUGUUAUGUACAAUUACAGUAAUGGCUGUCAGAAAUUUUAAAAGUUCUUUCGCUGUGAUUGUUUAAUGUAAAUUCUUCCAUCAGUAGGCAUCUCUUCAGGGUUUUUUUCAAGAAAUAUGGCUCAGGAAAACAAUGUUAAGUAAUAGGAUUGUAUACUGCAUGAUGGUUCCACAUCGGAAUGAAGAUUGAAAUGCUCAGGACAUCGGUCAGAGAGUUCUACACAGCCACCAGAGAAUUCUCUGAUCUCCGUUGCCCAAUGAGCUGGAAUUUUUUCUUUUCUUCACUUAUGCUCAUAAACCGAAGUUCAUUUUUAGAAAAUUCACACAUUUUAGAUCCAUAGAGAUCUGCAAGUGUCUUCAUUUGAAUAUUAUGCUCCUGAUGUUAUUGGUAAGGAGAAAUAAUACUACAAAGAAACAAAGAAAAAAAAGACAUCUGGGAAAGAGAGAUGGUGGUCUGCCUCUCCUUUACAUCUGUUGAUUGAGGAAACAGAAAGCUUUUUGGGAAAUAGCUGCAGCAUAUUUAGCUCGUCAGUUAGAUUUAUUUAUUAAAAUGCAUCUAGUAGUUUAGCUCUGCACUGUCUAGCUGAGUUGGUUUUCAUGAGAUGUACGAAUUUUUGUCCUGUGUGGGAAAGCUAAAUGUACUUCAUCCCAUACAGCGAUCAUGUCCAACAAUGACUUUUAAAUGUAGUUGCAACAGAGAUAUUUCAGAGAACGUACAAACUGUGUGCCAUGUAAUUUCUUGAUUUUGYUGUCAUGUUGUUAAUUGAUUCAAUUAUGAAUUUGUCGUUGUUUCGCCAGUAGUACAGCUAGCAGUUGUUGAUAGAUAGGAUUGUAUAACAGCUGUUAAUCAUACAUUUUGACACAAUAAAAGGAAUCUCCAAGA